AUGAGUGCUGAUGAUUUGGAAACUUGCAGCGUGUGUCUGGAUGCCUUGAGUAGUGGGACAUGCUCGUUCUUGGUAUCUGAUCAGAUCCAAUCCGUGACGAUUCGGGCAUGUCCCCACUUCAUUCACACCGCCUGCGCCGUUAAGCUUCGACCGCGCAAAUGCCCACUUUGUCGCGCACAUUUUUCCCGCCUAUCAGCACCGCUGGAUCAGAAGUGGCUGUCGUCAAUGACUUCGGAGGAGCUGGUGCGAGGAUUGCGGCGCCUGGACGGCUUGCGUGGGGUGGCCCGGCUGCCAGCAGCCAUGUUCAGCUGA